UCGACGCGAACAGGGCAAGCUUGCGACCGGUGCAAGAUACGUAAGAUAAGAUGCGAUGCACGCCCCGGCGGCUGCUCACCCUGUCUGCAAAACAACAGCGAAUGCAAAACGACCGAUCGCAUCACCGGCCGAGCGACCUCCCGCGGCCAUACCGAGGUCAUCGAGAAUGAGAAUGCCUCGCUGAAGAUGUACCUCCUCGAGCUGCAGCAGCAACUGAAAGAGAAUGGUGUCGAGCCGAAGCCUCCUCAGGUCAUACGCCAUGGACACAUGCCGACCAAUGCCUCAAUACCAUUUUGGGGCCAGGGUCAGAAUGGAGCGUGGAAUCCGGACCAGCAUGGCGCAUAUCCUCCUUCUGCGGCUUCUGCUUCUGCCGCGCCGGAGGAGAGGAGUGCGCAGACGAGCUUGCUGCCGGACUUUCGCGCGGGAUGUAUUGGGGAUAACUACCUUGGGGUGCAGAGUGGGAACAACUGGCUGAGUCCGAUUGAAGGGACAUCUCUCGCGCUGUUUGGCACGAAGAUUGACCUCGCCGAGUUCAUGCCUUCUGAGCACGACCCGUUAACUUCCGCCAUGUCAUAUCGGACGUUCCUCAGCCACGCAUUCGGUCGAGCACAACCCUUCGUACCGACGAUGCCACCCUACGAGCAGUGCAAGGUGUACGCGGAAUGGUUCUUUCGCUCUGUCACGCCUUUCACGCCAGUUCUCCACAAGCCUCACUUCAUGGAUCUUCUGGAUCGCAUCCAUCACCAAAACUACCAGCCAACUCACGCCGAGACUGUCAUGGUCCACAUGGUCCUUGCCAUCAUCAACUUCCAAUUCUCCUCCCGAAACUCUAACGAGCAGGCUCGUCACGACGCCAUGAGCCAUUACCAGUAUGCGCUCAAGUUCAUUCCAGAUCUAAUCACCGGACACAAGCUAGAGGAUAUCCAAGCACUAACACUCAUCUGCUCUCAACUGCGAAACCAGCCACGUCCGGGUGCAGCAUGGAUGUUCACGAAUAUGGUAAUGGGUGUGGCUUUGGAGUCUGGACUGCACCGAUCGGCGAAAGCAUGGCAAACUUCCCCAUCCCAGCGUGAUGCACACCAUUUGGAGAUGCGAAAACGCACAUUCUGGACCCUGCUCAUCCUCCAUGUCCACAUUAGUGGUAAGCUGGGGCGUCCAAUGCCAUUUCGCAUGGAAGACUUCGAUAUCGAGAUACCGGAUGCGGUAGACGAUACGGUACGAACUGAGAAUGGCACGGAGAAUAAGAUCUGCUCGUUCCGGGCUGGCAUCGAGGGCUUCAAGCUGGUUAGGAUCAUCAUUCAAAUCUACUCGUCCAUCUACUCGGUCAAGUCCACUGGUCAAUACGACGCCAACCUGCGACAUCUCGAUAAAGAGCUGGCAGAAUGGGAAGCCCAGGUGCCUGUGGAAUUUUCCAUGUCGCAAGCCAAAGACGAAGACCGCGUUUGUGCAUUGUACCUCGAUAUGGGAAUGGCAGAGGCGAAAUUGCUCCUUCAUCACCCCUCUCUCUGUCGAUCGAUGUCGGAGCAGACGAUGCAGUCCAAUCUUGACAGCUGUCUGACUUGGUCGUCUCGCCUUUUGGCCAGCGCUACACAACUCAAGGAUCGGAAGUCUCUGGAUACUACGUGGUACUCCUCCGUCAACUUCCUCGCGGCCAUCUUCACCACACUUUUUGCUUAUACCGAGCGAAGAGACACGAUCACCAGUUCAGAUCUCACACGGCUGCGUCAAGACAUGGACCAAUGGCUCGCCGUCUUUGCUGAA